AUGGCUCGACGCCUCGACGCCUCCAACUCCACGCUCAACCAAGCAGGAGAAGACAAACACGAAGGAGAGCAGGAGAAGACGAACACGAAGCCAAGCAGGAGAAGAUUGUGGUGCGGUGAAGGGUUUGGGGGAAAAUUUGAUGAAGGCGGGGAAGGAGCUAAGGGACGAACGUACCAGAAUUCAAAACUUGAACUUGUUCGGUUUGAUGGAAAGCUUAUGACGUCUGGAUUGCUUCUACGGGUUCGGGUAGGGAUGUCUGAUGACAUGUUUCGGGUAGUGGUCCACCAUGGUGGGACCUUGAUCAAAGAAGUCCCCUUUAAUUAUAUAGGGGGAGAGAUAACUAAUUGGGACGUAGACCCCGAUAAAUGGUGUUAUUUUGGAGUUUUAGGUUCACUUAACCAUAUGGGAUACAUGCAAGUAGAAGAAUUAUAUUACAGUGUCCAACAUGUUCUACAUAAGGUUGAUGAUGAUAAAGGAGCUAUGAACAUGAUGAAUGUGGCUAAGUAUUUGGGGGAAGUGAACCUGUAUGUUGUGCAUGGGGUGGAGGAAGCAACUAUCUUACAAAAUGAUGAGAAUGAGAUUCUUUUGCUAUGUGAAGGUCAUGCAGAAAGUGGUGAGGAUAGUGGCGAAGAAGGAAUGGAAGACGUAGUGGAGGGUGCAGUGGAGGUUGAGAAUGAGGAUGCACGGGAUGUUGAGAAUGUAAGUGAAGGAUUGGAGGUUCAGAAGGAGGAUUUACUGGAUGUUGACAAUGAGGAUUGGUUGGAUGUUGAGCAUGACGAUGCAUUGGAGGUUGAGAAGGAGGAUUCAGUGUAUAAUGAGGAUGUUCAGCAUGAGGAUGCAGAAGAUGAUGAGGUUGCAGUGGAGGUUGAGAAUGAGGAUGAAGUUGAGAGUGUAAGUGAGGCUGAAAUUGAGGUCGAAAGUGAAGAAGAAGUGGAAGUGAACAGUGAUGAUGCAGCAGGAAUGGAUGAUUUGAGGGGUGAUGAAUACGUGGAUGAUGAAGACAGUGAAAAAGAAACCCAACAGUGUAGGGGUUUGUCAGAUGAUGAGUGGGAGUCUGAUAAGCUUUUAACUCCUGAAAAUAGUGCAAGUGAGGAGGAUGACAAUGAUGAUACAAUAGAUGUAGGUCCUUUUUCAAAAUAUGCAAAGCAGAAGUCCAUGGCAGAUUACAAGUGGGAAGUGGGCACUAUUUUUACUGACAGGGAAGAGUUUAAGGAUGCUAUUAGAAGGUAUGUUGUUCAUGCUGGGAGGGAUCUAAAAUUUAUGAAAAAUGAUAACCGUAGGGUGAGGGUGACAUGCAUGGGUGGCCAAGGUAAGUGCCCAUGGCUAGCUUAUUGUGGUUAUUUGCCAUCACGAAAGAUUUGGCAAUUGAGGAAGAUAAUUGAUACUCAUAGUUGUAGUAGACAACUUAAUAUUAAACUGAUGAAUGCUAAGUGGUUAAGUCAAGAAAUAGAUACAUCUUUAGUUGAGAAUCCUAGUUUAAAGGUGAGUGAUAUUCGUACUAAAGCAUUAAGAAAAUGGAAUACAAAUGUUACAAUAUCCAAGGCAAGAAGGGCAAAGUUAAUUGCCACAAGAAUGGUUGAAGGAGAUUUCAUAGAACAAUAUAAAAGGGUGUACGACUAUGGACAUGAGCUGUUGAGGUGUAAUCCAGGCUCAACAGUGCAAAUUAAAGUUGACUCUCAUAAUGGUGACCCAAUCUUUCAAAGAAUGUAUGUUUGUCUGAAAGCUUGUAAAGAUAGUUUCAUAAGUUGUAGGCCCAUUAUAUGUUUAGACGGAUGUUUUUUGAAAGGUGUUUACAAGGGGGAGCUGCUGACUGCUGUUGGUAGGGAUCCAAACGACCAAAUGCUUCCCCUUGCCUAUGCAGUAGUAGAAGUGGAGAACAAAGACAGCUGGACAUGGUUUUUGCAAUUGUUAAUUGAAGACCUUGGGGGCAGUGAAGUAUGUGGAGGGUGCACAUGGAUGUCAGACCAGCAAAAGGUAUAG